AUGAGCAAACCGAGAGCAGAGCAAAGGGAACGCGGCUUCGCCCCGCUGGUCGCUGCUGCGGCGCAGGGCGGCUGGUUUCGGAAAGCAGCACGGCAGCAUUGCUGGCACAGGACCAAGACGUACCCCACGCCGACAUGCGGGAAGACGACGAUGCUGCGCAUGGGCAACGGACGCGUGAUUAACAUCACCACCCCCCAGGACAUUGCCAUCGCCUUGGAUACUGCCACCGCCUGGGGCAUUGCCACCGCCCGGGACAUUGCCACCACCCAGGACAUUGCCACCACCCAGGACAUUGCCACCACCCAGGACAUUGCCACUGCCCGGGACAUUGCAGCUGCCCAGGACAUUGCCAUCACCUGGGACACUGUCAUUGCCCAGGACAUUGCCACCAGCUGGGACAUUGCCACUGACAUUGCCAUCACCUGGGACACUAUCACCGCCCAGGACACUGCCAUCACCUGGGACAUUGCCAAUGCCUGGGACAUUGCCACUGCCCAGGACAUCACCACCACCCAGGACAUUGCCAUCGCCUGGGAUACUGCCACCGCCUGGGGCAUUGCCACCGCCCGGGACAUUGCCACCACCCAGGACAUUGCCACCGCCCGCAUGGCCAGGAACAUCACCACCCCCCAGGACAUUGCCAUCGCCUUGGAUACUGCCACCGCCUGGGGCAUUGCCACCGCCCGGGACAUUGCCACGUGUCAUGACAUUGCCACCACCCAGGACAUUGCCACCACCCAGGACAUUGCCACUGCCCGGGACAUUGCAGCUGCCCAGGACAUUGCCAUCACCUGGGACACUGUCAUUGCCCAGGACAUUGCCACCAGCUGGGACAUUGCCACUGACAUUGCCAUCACCUGGGACACUAUCACCGCCCAGGACACUGCCAUCACCUGGGACAUUGCCAAUGCCUGGGACAUUGCCACUGCCCAGGACAUCACCACCACCCAGGACAUUGCCAUCGCCUGGGAUACUGCCACCGCCUGGGGCAUUGCCACCGCCCGGGACAUUGCCACCACCCAGGACAUUGCCACCGCCCGCAUGGCCAGGGUGUGCUGGCUCACUCCCGAGCAGACGGCGGGGAAGCAGAAGCCCUACAUGUACACACAAGGCCAGGCCGUCCUCAACAGGUCCUUCUUCCCCGGCUUCGACACCCCGUCUGUCAAAUGCACGUACUCGGCCACAGUGAAGGUCCCCGAGGGUUUCACAGCUGUGAUGAGUGCCACGAGCUGGGAGAAGCAGGAGGAUAACACCUUUGUCUUCAAGAUGUCCCACCCGAUCCCCUCCUACCUGAUCGCUCUGGCUGUCGGGGACAUUGUAUCUGCUGAUGUUGGCCCAAGGAGCCGUGUCUGGGCCGAGCCCUGCCUGAUCGAGGCUGCGAAGAAGGAGUACGAUGGGGUCAUCGAGCAGUUCCUGGCGGUUGGCGAGAAGCUCUUUGGACCUUAUGUCUGGGGCAGGUACGACAUCCUGUUCAUGCCGCCCUCCUUCCCCUUCGGCGGGAUGGAGAAUCCCUGCCUCACCUUCGUGACGCCCUGCCUGCUGGCCGGGGACCGCUCCUUGGCCGAUGUCAUCAUCCACGAGAUCUCCCACAGCUGGUUUGGCAACCUGGUCACCAACGCCACGUGGGGCGAGUUUUGGCUGAACGAGGGCUUCACCAUGUAUGCCCAGAGGCGCAUUUCCACUGAGGUCUACGGUCUGGCGUACACCUGCCUGGAGGCGGCGACGGGAAGGGCCCUCCUGCGCCAGCACAUGGACAACACGGGGGAGGACCAUCCGCUCAACAAGCUGCGGGUGGUCAUCGAGCCAGGUGUUAAUCCAGACGACACGUACAACGAAACGCCCUAUGAGAAGGGGUAUUGCUUCGUGAGCUACCUGGCCCAUCUUGUGGGGGACCAGAGCAAGUUUGAUGCCUUCCUCCAGGCCUACGUCAACCGGUUCAAGUUCCAGAGCAUCACAGCAGACGAUGCCCUCGGUUUCUUCCUAGAGUACUUCCCGGAGCUGAAGGAGAAGGGCGUGGACUCCAUCCCAGGCUUUGAGUUCGACCGCUGGCUGAACACGCCGGGCUGGCCGCCCUACCUGCCCGGCCUCUCGCCGGGGGAGCGGAGAAGGCCGGCAGACGAGCUGGCAGAGCUCUGGGCAGCCAAUGGCUUGAACAUGGAGGCGAUCAACGCUGUGGACAUCACAGCCUGGAGGACGUACCAGCUGGUCUACUUCCUGGAUCAGGUCCUGCAGAAAUCCCCCCUGCCCAAAGGUGAGGGCCAGGUCACCUCCGGGGCUCUGGUGCCCGGAGGAGACACGGGGUGACGUGCCCCGCUGCGACUCCGCUGGUGCCAGAUCGUCCUCAAGAACAACCUCGAGGCAGAGUACAGCAAGGUCAAGGCCUUCCUGCACAGCCAGGGGAAGCAGAAGUACACCCUGCCCCUCUACCGCGCCAUGUGGGGCGGCUCGGAGUCAGCCCGGGCCCUGGCCUUGGAGACCUUCUCCGCUACAGCCCCCCAGCUCCACGUCAACGUCCAGAACUAUGUCAAGAAGAUCCUGGGCUUGGAGGUGGCAGAGGACUAG